UCCCUCAUCGAAGACGGAAAACGGACGGUCAAAAUUCUCGUCGUCGCGAAUUCAAGGCUGGCUGGAAAAAUCGAUUGUCCGGCUCGGAAAAUUCCGUUUCUUUAGUGGAAAUAGCUUGCUGAUAAAUUUGUGCAACUGUGUGUGAUUGUGCUAAAGGUCCAAAAUUGUGAAUUCAGAAAAGGUUCCCUCUCAAUUUGGUUGGCGUUCUUCGGACUUGAUGCCAGCCAUCGCCUGAUUCAUCAAAAUCCCAGAUUGAACUUCAAUGCCAUACAUUCUGAUACGGGGCAAUCUAGCUUCCUACAGCCACAAGUACCCGUUUCGAGUGCUGGUCUCGGGAUUGAAAACGGCCGAUCUCGAACAGCUGAAUCGAUUCCCCUCCGGUGGAUACAGUGAUGAGUCUACGAUCGUCUAUCUGCAGCAUCCGUGUGUGAUAUUGACUGCACUAGAGGUACUGGGAUACCGCGUGGUCGCAUCGUCAUCGACUGCGGUCAAACAGGACUACAACGAGUAUAUGUGGACUAUGCGAAAGGAGUUUCACGAUCCGGAGCCAUUCGUCAGUGAAACUUCGUCCGCCAUCGUCGAACGGGAGAACCUGGCCAACAUCGGCCGCGAGGUGAAUAACUACCCACCCAGCAAUAAGAUUGACGUUCCGGAAUAAACCCCGGAGGUGGAGGUUAAGUUCCAGCGGAACAGAUUUUAGUUUGGUGUGAACCCUCCUCAAUAACGAAUUACGUGUGUAUCUGUUUGUACGCCUGCGCGUAUUUUUACUUUUGAACAAGAUGGAAUCGCCAAACUCGACGACGAACCAGCACUCGCUCACGAACAAUUUGGUAACGGUGCCGAUUCCGAUCCUCCCGUCGGAGGGAACCUAUGCGUACGUGUUCGUGAAGGGAUCGCUGUAUGCCCGGGACAGCUCGAUCUUUGGCUGCUCCACGGACGAAGUGCAGGCCCUAUCGAAACGCUUUCAGAUUAGUUCGAUUCCCAUCGACAACGGUGUGGUCAUCAAGGUGGCUCCCUCGCUGAUCAUCAACUCGCUGGCCCAGUUGGGCUACAAAGUCAUCUCGAGUACCGGCGAGGCCGAAGUCGUAUGGACACUGCAGCGUGAGCUGUAGAGCACCAGAGAUUGUUCUGUAUAGUUGAAUUGUUUGAAAAACACGCAAAAGCUUUUAUCAAGUGACCACUUUAGCCGUUAAACCCGUUAUUUUAAGCCACCAAGCAACACUGGAGCCAUUCAACUGGUAUUCCUCCUGCGCGCAAUAACAGCCUUUCCUGUACAAAAAAAACGUAGUUUUGUGUAACAUCUCUACAUAUACCUAUGUAUCUACCUAUUAGUGUGUUGUGUGAAUUCUUCGCAUCCAGCUAUUUUGCGCCGUCACCUUGUGCCUAAUUUCGACCUUGUUACCUAUUUUCAUCCCAAAACGAAGCCCACGCCGCCAUCGACGACGACGACCAACGGAGUCAAAGCCCACAAGCAACACAAUGGCCACAGCGGAUCAGCAUCAUCUCCACCACAACCAGCAGCACGGCGAUCAUCAGUGCAACUGCAGUAAAAGUACGACCGCGUCGCAAUCGCUGGAUGAGCUGGAGUUUGAACGGGGGAUUUGGACAGCCGCAAUUGAUAACGAUGAGAGUAAGCUACGAUCACUGAUCGAUCGAGGACAACUACACGCAAAAGAUAACUCGGGAUAUACGGCUCUACACUACGCUGCCCGGAGUGGUCACCUUUCAAUCUGCCGAAUACUGCUCGACGCCGGCAUAAGCAUUGACGAACAAACGCAUGGCGGAGUGACGGCACUGCAUCGGGCCGCAAUGAUGGGCCACAUCGACAUCGUCAAUCUCCUGCUGGCGCGAAAAGCCAACCCAUCCGUGCAGGACAGUGAUGGCAAAACCGCUCUCCAUCGGGCAGCGGAAAAAUCCCACCUCGAAGUGUGCCGCAGCUUACUCCAGCGUGAUGGUUCCAAUCUGGCGACGAUUCGCGACUGCAAAGGAAAAGUCCCCCUCGAACUAGUGCCAGAACGAUCGUCCCAACGAAUUGAGCUGCUCGAACUGUUCAACAACGUGCUGUAGUGGGCUGUAAACUCCGGGUUCAUCUUCUGCUCGAAAAAUCAAACUGAAACAAGUCUCGAACCCUUAGUUCUUUCAGUGUGCGAAGUGCUUGAAGGUAUCGUUAAAUUUUACGUAAGUACAUUGAGUUGUAAUCGUGCGAAACAAAAUACACAAACCUUAAUCAAUAGUCUAUACUUUGUGAUAGUUGCUCAGCGAUGUUGUAAUUAUUAUGUAACUAGUAAGUGUUUCCUGAUUCAGGUAGUUUUCUAGAAUCACGCACCAAUACCAUGCAGUGUGGAAUGAAACUGGUGAUUUUUAUUGUCAAACGAAACUUUCGUUGAAGAAUUGAAUUUUAUGAAUAUUUUUCGAUGUCAACCAAAUUUUUAUAGGGACAUUUUUCAUUAUUCAAUAACAAUAGACUCAUUUAUCUAUCAACAUACCUAUUCUAUUGUAAGUGUUUUGUAUAGAAGUACAACCAUCUAUCUAUCUACAACUAAAGUUUUUGUGCAAGUGAUCGAACAUUAUUACCUAGUAGAUAUUCACAGUGAUUUGUAAAAGCAACAAUAAUUUGCCAAUAGAAUUGUUUUAUCUUACUGUGUAGCAAUAAAGUCAGAUGUAAUAGUGCA